UCAGGAUCAAACAUCAAAUCUCAUCUUCAUAUCUAGUUCGUCUUGAUCUGGUUCAUUUAACCUAAAUAGAGCUAUAUGGGAUCAUUAGUGAAAGAGGGAACGUCAUCUUCGUCGAUGACCGAGUUCUUAGAGAAGUGCGGCGGUUAUGCGGUGGUGGAUGGAGGGUUUGCGACAGAGCUAGAACGGCACGGAGCUGACAUCAAGGAUCCACUUUGGAGUGCCAAGUGCCUCAUUACUUCUCCUCACCUCGUCACAAAGGUGCACUUGGAUUACCUAGAGUCUGGAGCAAACAUCAUCAUAACCGCAUCAUACCAGGCGACUAUCCAAGGAUUUGUAGCUAAGGGUUUAUCGGUGGGAGAAGCGGAGAGUUUGCUGCGGAGGAGCGGAGAACUCUCGUGUGAGGCACGUGAGAUUUUCUACAACAGAUGCAACAAGGGUUCUUGGGAUUUUGACCACGCCGGAAAAGCUUCCCGGCGACCGGUUCUUGUAGCAGCUUCCGUAGGUAGCUAUGGAGCUUAUCUCGCCGAUGGCUCUGAGUACAGCGGAGUAUAUGGAGAUUCUGUGAGCAAGGAGUCAUUGAAGGACUUCCAUAGAAGAAGAGUCCAAAUCCUAGCAAAAUCGGGAGCCGAUCUAAUUGCGUUUGAGACCAUUCCAAAUAAGCUCGAAGCUGAGGCUUACGUGGAUCUUCUUGAAGAGGAAGGCAUAGACAUUCCAGCAUGGUUCGCGUUCACUUCCAAGGAUGGAGUCACUGUGCCAAGUGGAGAGUCUAUUAUAGAAUGCGCGGAAGUGGCAGAUUCUUGCAAGAAAGUGGUGGCCAUUGGAAUCAAUUGUACUGCACCAAGAUACAUUAGUGAUUUGAUUAUCUCCUUACGCCAGGUGACUCACAAACCGAUCAUUGUCUACCCAAAUAGUGGAGAAGUCUAUGACGGUCUGAACAAGAAAUGGAUUAAGUCAGAGGAAGAAUCUGAGGAGGAUUUUGUGUCGUACGUAAGUAGAUGGAGAGAAGAAGGAGCAUCUCUGUUUGGAGGGUGUUGUCGGACUACUCCAAACACCAUCAAAGCCAUUGCUAAAGUUCUCUCCUGCGAGUCUUCGGUACCAUCCAAACUCAAAUUCUGGUAGAAGACUUGUCAACGAUGGAGUUUCUGCGCCUGUGGUGUCAGAUAAUUUAUAUAUAUCCUUGUCUUUUGUCGCAGCUAAAAAAGAAUGUCAACUAUGUUAGUAGGUUAUAAUGCCGGAUAUGAUAAUAAGAGUAUUGUCUCAUCGCGGGGUAUAAGUGAUGGUUUAAUGUUGAUGUAAAAGAAGCAUAUUUCUAUAUGUGCUGUAAAACGGGAUGUAAUGGAAUAAACUUCUACUUGUCUUCUGUGUAUAUUUCAUUCCUCAAUAAAUCUAUAAAAGAGGGAUUCAGAACAAUGCUUAAUGU